AUGAAUGUUGGAGAAGAGCGUUUUUACUUGUUCACUCGAAUUUUUAGUCCUAGUUUACAUACCAACAAUGCUGAUACUGUCAUGGCUGAAACAAAGCUCAAGCUCGAGGGCCAACCCGUCUGCAAUGUGAUGCACACGAUGCCUCAAGUCGACGAGGCUUUGGAACCGUGCUAG